UAGACAAAGGAAAGGGAGUAUUAGGCGAUUCUAGCAAUUACGCAUACAACAUUCCCUGUAAAAGUUCUUCACAGUGUGAGAAUAUAUCAUUUUCUCAAAUUCAAAACUCAUCUUAUAUCCCAAUGCAUGUAAUGCUUCUUUAAAUAAGCAGUAGUUAAGAUUUUCUUAAAGAGAACGAUAUAUAUUCUUUAACUUACAUAUUAUAUUUGUCCGCCCAAUAUAGCCAGCAACAAAACAUGGCAGUAGAUGUCAAACAUAAUCCAGCACAAGCAUUUGGAAAAUUCGAGGCACAAGUCAAUUUUGAUGAAAGUAGUGGCAAAUCUAUCAUGGACUUUUGGCACAGUCUUUGCACUUCUACAAGGCCUAUCUUCGGUCCAGUCUCCACUAUGGGUACACAACUAAAUAAUCCUUCCCAACUAGAGUUGGAAUAUGCCCAUUCAAAUUGGAGUACCAACUCGAAUCAUCACAACAACAAUCACAUCACUCAACAUAAUGAUCAUGCUUCAGUUCAUAGUGAUGCAAGAGUUCCUAGUGUUAAUGGAUGUAACUAUCACAUGGAGGAGAAUACCAUGGGAAACAAUGAAUAUCGUUGAAAGAACACAUGACAAUGAUCCAUGAGAAUGGGAUGAUGAUGUCCUCAAUGAGACUUUUAGUGUGGAAGACUUCUGAAAUAUUUUAGAUUGAUCAAAUGAUGAAAAAUAAUCUUUUUAAUCAUGCUUUAUCUUUGGUUCAUUUAAGGCAGUCUUUCAAUGUAUAUAAAGAUACAGA